UAGAUCACAGUUCACUGUGGCCUUGAACUCCUGUGCUCUGGUGAUCCUCCCACCUUGGCUUCCUAAAGUGCUGGGAUUACAGGUAUGAGCCACUGCACCCAGCCUUCCUCUCACGUUCUUAAGAUGCAGCAGUCCAGGUAUCCUGAUUUCACAGGUAGAAGUACAAAGGCAGGAAGGAGCGAGUCCCUGUCCUGGUCUCCUUUUGAAGAGCAUCGGGGAAGACUUUGCCAGAAGCUAACUUCCCCAUUAGGCAUCAUUGGCCAGGAUGGUGAUCAGAUGCUCAGUCCACCAUGGAGAACAACGUUACCAUGUUUUAGAGCUGAGAUGGUGGAGUCAGCCUAUAUGGUUCAGACAUCCGAGAGCAUGACCCCAACUGCCACUUCAGAGACUUAUUUGAAAGCUUUGGCCGUUUGCCAUGGACCUCUGGACCACUAUGAUUUUCUGAUCAAAGCUCAUGAGCUAAAGGAUGAUGAACAUCAAAGAAGAGUCAUACAGUGUUUGCAGAAAUUACACGAGGACCUUAAAGGAUACAAUAUAGAGGCAGAAGGCCUUUUUUCAAAGCUUUUUUCAAGGAGCAAACCUCCAAGGGGCCUGUAUGUUUAUGGAGAUGUUGGCACAGGAAAAACAAUGGUGAUGGACAUGUUUUAUGCUUAUGUGGAAAUGAAGAGGAAAAAACGGGUUCAUUUUCAUGGUUUCAUGCUAGAUGUGCACAAAAGAAUACAUCGCCUUAAACAGAGUUUGCCAAAAAGGAAACCAGGAUUCAUGGCUAAAUCAUAUGACCCAAUAGCUCCCAUAGCCGAAGAAAUCAGCGAAGAAGCAUGUCUCCUAUGUUUCGAUGAAUUUCAGGUCACUGACAUUGCUGAUGCCAUGAUUCUGAAACAGCUUUUUGAAAAUCUGUUCAAAAACGGGGUCGUCGUUGUGGCAACAUCCAACAGGCCACCGGAAGAUCUCUAUAAAAAUGGACUCCAAAGAGCUAACUUUGUACCAUUCAUAGCAGUCUUGAAGGAAUAUUGUAAUACAGUCCAGCUAGAUUCUGGGAUAGAUUACCGGAAAAGGGAACUUCCUGCUGCAGGAAAACUCUACUACCUCACAAGUGAAGCUGAUGUGGAGGCUGUCAUGGAUAAGUUGUUUGAUGAGCUGGCUCAGAAACAAAAUGAUUUAACUAGACCAAGGAUUCUAAAAGUGCAAGGCAGAGAGCUGCGCCUGAAUAAAGCCUGUGGAACCGUUGCCGACUGCACAUUUGAAGAGCUGUGUGAGAGACCACUUGGAGCCAGUGACUAUUUGGAACUAUCAAAGAAUUUUGAUACAAUAUUUUUACGAAACAUUCCGCAAUUUACUCUGGCAAACAGGACUCAAGGUCGAAGAUUCAUAACUCUCAUCGAUAACUUUUAUGAUCUCAAGGUGCGUAUAAUUUGCUCUGCGUCGACUCCUAUAUCAAGCUUAUUUUUGCAUCAACAUCAUGACAGUGAGUUGGAGCAAAGCAGAAUACUGAUGGAUGAUUUGGGGCUGAGCCAGGAUUCAGCAGAAGGACUCUCCAUGUUUACCGGAGAAGAGGAAAUCUUUGCAUUUCAGCGCACGAUUUCCCGACUCACGGAAAUGCAGACUGAACAGUACUGGAACGAAAGAGACAGAACCAAGAAGUAACUGUCACUUUUGCAUAAAUAAAACUCUAGACAAAUGGUUAA